AUGGCAGCUGUGGCUCACCUGAUUGGCUCUGAUCAGCUUCCAUUACCCUCACAGGUUCGAGACCCUAAUAAGUCCAUUACAUUGGAUCCUAAAAAGGGGGAACGUGCUGUAUUGAUUAAGAACCAUAAAGGAGACUGGGGUAUAGUGAUUGGUGUAUGGACUGGAUUUAGAAAGGGCAGAGCCGGCAUAGCAGGUACUUCAACAAGAAGUGCCGUUAAAGGUCGAAAAGGAUCACCGGGAUAUUUAAAAAUAACCUUUAGAAAAUUAUCAACGGGCAAAGUAGCGGAACUAGUCCUGCCGUACUUGCAAAAAGUAUACAAUUUUGCAUUCGGUGAUAUUUCGGUAAACCUUAGAUGUGGGGCCAUCGGAAUAUCGCCCGAUGCAAAUGAAGUGGCUGAGAACUUAGCUUUGACCUUCUCGAUAGCUCUACUUCACGUUCUUUGCAUACCACGACCUAUUGGUUGGGAACCUGGUAAACCAACCAAACCCGAUCACAAGAUAGUUGGGAACAAGACCGUGAAUUUCAUCCCUUCAGAUGAGUUAGCUAUGAUCAUGGCGAUGGGUCAUUUGGAAAAGACUCCUUCGAAUUUUUAUAUGCGGCGAUACCAUGGUUCCAACGCAUGCAGUGGAUGUGCCGGUGGAAUGGAAGUCGGAGAUGCUGAAGGACUUGGUGAUAUGGGUGGUGAAUGUUCAGCAGCUGUUGAUGGAGAUGCGGGUGGUUGUGGUGGAUGUGGCGGGUGUGGAGGAUGUGGUGGGUGUGGUGGUUGUGGAGGUUGUGGUGGAUGCGGAGGAGGAUGUGGUGGUGGAUGUGGUGGAUGCGGUGGCUAA